AGGCCACUCUACGGUCAUGGACUUAACGGACACGCGCACGCAGCGGCCAUUGUAAGUCCUCAAGACCGAAUGUGCACGUGAAGUGUGCCAUUUAGGACAGUGCAGCCGACAUCAAUUUGCAUGACGAUGUAACCUUCACAAAGAGUCAGAGAAUAAAUCUUUUUGGUGAAAUGAUUCAAAAGAUUCGAGUCACUUGAAUGAAUCUCCACCACUACCUGGAAGCAAUCAAGGAAGCCAUGUCGACUCGUGUCGACAGAGGGCGCCGGUUCUCGCUCUCCACUGGCACACGGAAGUAGCCGAUGGGGGUGCUGAAAGUGCUGGUAAUUUUAUCCUCUUUGAUGAGGGUUAACAUCGCACCGCACCGUUCCUCUUGCCGUUUUCACGGGAUCAUGACCAUUUUUAACAAUGGAAUAGUGACCCCUUGUUUGAGCUCGGACGACAUUUGAUUUAACCAAUUUCCAUUUGAAUAACCCCGCUUCGGAAGAAAAUGGAUCAGGAGUUUGAGAACAUCGAUUCAUCUGGACAGUGGCAAAACCUUUAUAAUGAAAUCCGUAACCAGUCUCAGGAGUGUCCCUACAAAGUGGCAAAGUUCCCAGAAAAUCGCAAUAGGAAUAGAUAUAGAGACGUCAGUCCCUAUGAUCACAGUCGGGUGAGAUUAGAAAAUUCAGAGAAUGACUACAUAAAUGCGAGCCUAAUUACCAUGGAGGAGGCCCAGAGAAGGUACAUAUUGACACAGGGCCCACUGAGGAACACUUGUGGUCACUUCUGGCAAAUGAUUUGGGAACAACGCUGCAAAGCAGUUAUUAUGCUUAACAGAGUUAUAGAGAAAGGCUCGGAGAAAUGUGCACAGUAUUGGCCAUCAAAGGAGGAGCGAGACAUGGGUUUUAUUGACACUGGGUUUAUGGUGACUCUGGUGUCUGAGGAUGCCAAACCGAAUUACAAAAUCAGACUGUUAGAACUUAAAAAUGGCAAGACUGGAGAAACCAGAGAGAUCUACCAUUUUCAUUACACAACGUGGCCUGAUUUUGGUGUACCAGAGUCCCCAGCAUCAUUCCUCAACUUCCUUUUCAAGGUUCGAGAGUCUGGCUCAUUGUGGCCAGAGAACGGACCUGCGGUGGUCCACUGCAGUGCAGGAAUAGGAAGAUCUGGGACUUUCUCAUUGGUUGACACCUGCCUUGAUUUGAUGGACAAGAGGAAAGACCCUUCGUCUGUGGACAUACAAAAGGUUUUGUUAGAUAUGAGAGAGUAUCGAAUGGGCCUUAUCCAAACCCCAGAUCAGCUUCGAUUUUCAUAUAUGGCAGUCAUGGAGGGAGCAAAGAGCAUCCUUGGAGACUCAGCUCUACAGGUACCAAGCAUGGUGUGAUUGCAUUAUUACAUUUGAUUUUGAGUAGUAUAGUAAUAAUCAGUGUUGCAUUAAAAAAAAAAA